CUGGCUUCUAGCAUGUCGCCCAACGAUAAUGAUAUUGACGCAACUUCCAGUGCAGAAUACAAUCAUCACGACUAUGAAAACUGGAAAGAACUUCAAGCCGCUCGAGUCGAACGCUUAAAUACCCCUUUCAGCGUUUUCCGAAGACGACAGUAUCAUCGCCUCUGCAGACACCAAGAAUACAAGCAGGCAAAGGAAUCUCAGACCCAGCAUCUGAAAGAUCUGGUCGAUGACCGCAUCAGUAAAGCACGUCCUCAAGACGGUUGUUCACCUCGAAGUUCCCACUCCUCCAACAAUUCUUCUUCGACUACAGACAUGCCUUCACCUUGAGCCCAGCGGACUUCUUGUGCAGAACUAGAUCAUUUUGACACCGCCACUACACUACAUGAUACAUUCACCCUCCUUUUCACUCGAUACCCUCUACUUCCUUACGUCAGACUCAGCCGUGGUGCAAUUCUAAAACAAGACCUCAAAGGUUCAACAGCGUACGGGAU